AUGAACGAAAAUCUGUUCUCCUCUUUCAUUACCCCUACUAUAAUAGGCCUGCCUAUCGUAGUUCUCAUUGUCAUUUUCCCUAGUAUACUAUUUCCCUCAACUAACCGACUAGUCAAUAAUCGACUAAUCGCCAUCCAACAAUGGCUACUUCAUAUAACAUCAAAACAAAUGAUAAUAAUCCACAAUCAUAAAGGCCAAUCCUGAACUCUAAUAUUAAUAUCACUCAUCCUUUUUAUUGGCUCAACAAACCUUCUAGGCCUUCUUCCACACUCAUUUACACCCACCACUCAACUGUCCAUAAACCUAGGCAUAGCCAUUCCCCUAUGGGCCGGGACUGUACUUCUAGGAUUUCGCUAUAAGACAAAAGCCUCUUUAGCCCAUUUUUUACCACAAGGAACCCCUCUGCCCCUCAUCCCAAUACUAGUAAUUAUCGAAACUAUUAGCCUGUUCAUCCAACCAAUAGCCCUCGCUGUACGACUAACAGCCAACAUCACCGCCGGACAUCUGCUAAUUCACCUAAUCGGAGGGGCUACCCUAGCUCUACUAGGCAUUAGCACAACUACAGCUUUCAUCACCUUCAUCAUCUUAAUUAUAUUAACCAUUCUAGAAUUUGCUGUCGCUCUAAUUCAAGCCUAUGUCUUCACACUACUAGUGAGCCUCUACCUACAUGACAAUACCUAA